AUCUGGUCACACCAUUUCACAGUUUAGAUCACAACAUUAGACUAAAUUGAAGAUGUUACGAAAUGUGUGCACAUUUUUCACGCAUUUCGGAAAAUGCGCAUUUCAAGCAAACCAGCCCUUCCGUGGCAUGGCCGGCCAUUCAAAAUGGGCCAAUAUUAAGCAUACUAAAGCCCUGAAAGACGGGGCCAGAGCGACACUAUUUGCAAAGAUUUCACGGCAAAUCAGGAUGGCCAUUCAGGAGGGAAACUCUGCGGAUCCCGCACUAAAUUCUCUUCUGCGGACAGAAGUAGAAAGGGCCUUGAAGCAAAACAUGCCCAGCGGUACAAUACAAAACACUCUAAACAAAUUUAAAUCUAGUAAAAUUCAACUCAAGAAGUACCGGCUGGACAUCCGUUACAAAAGGAUCGUAUACUUGAUAUGCAUUUUUUAUACAGACAACUUUUCUGGAGUGAAAAUGGACGCGACACCAAUGAUAAAGAAAUCCGGAGCCGAAUUCAUGGAUGUAGGAAAUCUGUUUGAGGACUUUGGCUUGAUAGAAACUCGGUAUGAUACAUCGAAACUUCUUAACGGGCCCAGUUUAGAAGAUAAAGCCACUAAUGAUGCGAUAGAGCUUGGAGCGGAAGAGAUCGAAGUAGUUGACAAUGCCGAAGGCUCAGUUAAUUUCCUUUGUAGUCCUGUUGUUUUAACUUCUCUAAGUAGAAACUUGGAAAAAGCUGGAUACACGAUAGAAAAUAGUGAACACAUCUUUUCUCCCUUGAAUGUGGUGCAAUUAUCGGCAGAAGAACAAAAGGCUUAUAACGUGUUCAUAGAAAAGCUGAGAAACAUACCUGGUUUAGAGGAUAUCUAUGACAAUGUUGAAUAAAAAUAAACUUGUUGAAUGAAACUUUU